AUGAAUAUCCUCACCAGAACCGUGAGAAGAUACAGUAUAAUGUCUACACCCAAGGUCGUCCAACCCAAAUGGAAUGUUCCAGCACCACAAGCUGAAGAAGCCGUGUUGAAGUUGUACAACAGUCUGACAAGAUCUAAGGUCAAGUUCGUUCCGCAAUCUGGCAAUAGAGCGGUCACUUGGUACUCCUGUGGUCCUACCGUCUACGAUGCUUCUCAUAUGGGACAUGCCAGAAACUAUGUCUCUAUUGAUAUCAAUAGAAGAAUUAUCCAAGAUUACUUUGGUUACACUGUGCAAUUUGUACAGAAUGUUACCGAUAUCGAUGAUAAAAUCAUUUUAAGAGCAAGACAAAACUAUUUAUUUGAUAAUUUUGUCAGAGAUAACGAGACCAAGUUUAACACCAGCGUUGUCGACAAGGUCAGAACCGCACUUUUCCAAUAUAUCAAUAAAAACUUUAAUAUUGAAGGUAGCGAAAUUAGAACAAUCGAAGAAUUUGAAAAUUGGUUAUCAAAGGCUGAUACCGAAACUUUGAAGUUAGAAAACCCCAAAUUUCCCAUGCAUGUUACAGCAGUGCAAAAUGCCAUUGAAUCAGUUACUAAGGGCGAUUCUAUGGAUCCAGAAAUUGCUUUUGCAAAAGUCAAAGAUGUGACGGUCCCUUUAUUGGACAAAGAAUUGGGCUCUACUAUCAGUGAUCCAGAGAUUUUCCGUCAACUCCCAGCUUACUGGGAGCAAAAAUUUAACGAUGACAUGUCGUCUUUAAACGUGUUACCUCCCACUGUUACUACCCGUGUUUCGGAGUACAUCCCAGAAAUUAUUGAGUUUGUGCAAAAAAUUAUUGGUAAUGGCUACGCAUAUGCCACUACAGACGGUUCCGUGUAUUUUGACACGUUAAAGUUUGACAGAUCACCAAACCAUGACUAUGCAAAAUGUCAGCCAUGGAAUAAAGGCCAACUAGACUUGAUUAAUGAUGCCGAGGGGUCCUUAAGUAACUUCGCUGAUAAUGGUAAAAAGUCAAGUAAUGACUUUGCUUUAUGGAAAGCUUCAAAGGCAGGUGAACCUGAGUGGGAAUCACCAUGGGGCAAAGGUAGACCAGGAUGGCACAUUGAAUGCUCCGUGAUGGCCAGUGAUAUUUUAGGCUCUAACAUCGACAUCCAUUCUGGGGGUAUCGAUUUAGCCUUUCCUCACCAUGAUAACGAAUUGGCUCAAUCUGAAGCCUGCUUCGACAAUAAGCAAUGGAUUAACUACUUCUUGCACACAGGUCAUUUACAUAUUGAGGGUCAAAAGAUGUCUAAAUCCUUGAAGAACUUCAUUACCAUUCAAGAAGCUUUAGAGAAAUUUUCACCCCGUCAAUUGAGGUUAGCUUUUGCCUCAGUACAGUGGAAUAAUCAGUUAGAUUUUAAGGAAUCUUUGAUCCAUGAAGUAAAGUCAUUCGAAAACGCCAUGAAUAAUUUUUUCAAGACUAUUAGAGCGUUGAAAAACGACGCUGCCUCUGCAGGUCAUAUCUCCAAAAAGUUCAGUCUUCUGGAGAAAGAAUUAUUGGCCGAUUUUGUUGAGAGUGAAUCCAAAGUCCAUUCAGCAUUUUGUGAUAACUUAUCUACGCCCGUGGUUUUGAAGACUUUGAGUGAACUAGUUACUAAGUCAAAUACCUAUAUCUCCACCGCAGGAUCUGCAUUAAAAAUUGAACCCUUGAUUGCUAUCUGUAGCUAUGUCACGAAAAUUUUAAGAAUAAUUGGAUUCCCAUCUCGUCCUGACAACUUGGGUUGGGAAGCACAAGCUGGCUCAAACGAUGGUUCGUUAGGCUCGUUGGAAGACACUGCUAUGCCAUAUGUUAAGUGUUUAUCCACAUUUAGAGACGAGGUACGUUCUCUGGCUAUUAAGAAAGCAGAAUCGAAGGAAUUCCUACAAUUAACAGAUAAAAUCAGAAACGAAGAUUUGUUAAACUUAAACGUUGCAUUGGAUGAUAGAAACGGACAAUCUGCUUUGAUCAAAUUUUUAACCAAUGAUGAAAAACUGGAGAUUGUCAAGUUAAAUGAGGAGAAGAUUGCCAAUGAACAAGCUAAGAAACUAAAGAAGUUGGAACAGCAGAAACUAAGAGAACAGAAGGAAAACGAAAGAAAGCAAAAGGCCCAAAUUAAGCCAGAAGAUAUGUUUAGGGAUGUCGCAUUGUAUAGUGCUUGGGACGACCAAGGCCUUCCAACGAAGGACAAAGAUGGUAAUGACAUUACCAAGAGUAUGACCAAAAAGUUAAAGAAGCAAUGGGAGCAACAAAAGAAGCUACACCAAGAGUACUUCGGGAAAGAUAAUUAA